CACUCCACACUCCGGUCAGGAUUGCGAUAUUUCCGACGGCACUUUAAGGCAGCAUUAGUUGCAAGUUUAGCGGCAACGCGUCGCUCCGAACAAACAAACAAACAAAAGAGAGUAAACAAAAAAAUGAAACGUCCCGGAAAUGUAAUAACAGCGACUAUAAUAACAUGUGGUCUUCUACUUUGUUUGUGUUCAGUCAGAGGUGAUUACUGUGAGGUGAACGUCUGUCUUAAUGGAGGAACAUGUGUGACGGGGAUAGGAGAGGAUCCGUUCAUCUGCAUCUGCGCAGAUGGCUUUGGUGGAGACACCUGCAACCUGACAGAGAUAGGACCCUGCAGUCCCAACCCCUGCAAGAACGAUGGGACAUGUGAGAUCAUCGCUCCGACCAGACGAGGAGACGUUUUCAACGAGUACAUCUGCAAGUGCCAGCCGGGCUUUGAGGGGGUGCACUGCCAGAUCAAUGUGAAUGACUGUGCCAACCAGCCCUGUAAGAAUGGAGGGAUGUGCCGAGAUCUGGAUGGAGACUACACCUGCCAGUGCCCCUCACCGUAUGUUGGAAAGCAGUGCCAGCUACGUUGCAUAUCUCUGCUGGGGAUGGAGGGAGGAGCGAUCGUGGAGUCCCAGAUUUCAGCUUCAUCUGUGCACUACGGCAUCCUGGGUCUUCAGCGCUGGGGCCCGGAGUUGGCUCGACUCAACAACCAAGGUAUCGUCAACGCCUGGACGUCAGCAGCUCAUGACAGGAAUCCCUGGAUCGAGAUUAACAUGCAGAAAAAGAUGCGUCUGACGGGCAUCAUCACUCAAGGCGCCAGUCGCAUGGGCACAUCUGAGUACAUCAAGGCCUUCAAGGUGGCGAGCAGCCUCGAUGGACACGCUUAUGUCACUUACAGAGCAGAUGGACAACGGAGAGAUAUGGUUUUCGUUGGCAACACUGAUAACGACGGCACAAAAACCAACCUUUUUGACCCUCCCAUCGUGGCCCAGUACAUCCGCAUCAUCCCUGUGGUUUGUCGCAGGGCCUGCACGCUGCGCAUGGAGCUGGUGGGCUGUGAACUUAAUGUUUAUUCAAACACGGCAGGUUGCUCAGAGCCUCUGGGGAUGAAGUCUCGCCUCAUCUCAGAUGGGCAGCUCUCAGCCUCCAGCUCUUUCCGCACGUGGGGCAUCGAUACCUUCACGUGGCACCCUCAGUUCGCGCGACUGGACAAGCAGGGAAAGACAAACGCCUGGUCUCCUGCACACAACAACCGCUCAGAGUGGAUCCAGGUUGAUCUGGAGAAGACCAAGCGCCUCACAGGCAUCAUCACUCAGGGAGCCAAGGACUUCGGGGUGGUGCAGUUUGUAUCGCUGUUUAAAGUUGCCUACAGUAAUGAUGGAGAGUCCUGGAGUACGGUGAAGGAGGAGAAUACCAACAAUGAUAAGCUUUUUCAAGGAAACAUCGACAACAACACCCACAAGAAGAAUCUAUUCGAGCCUCCCUUCUAUGCCAGAUACGUUCGAGUCGUCCCCUGGGAGUGGCAUGAGCGCAUCACUCUACGCAUGGAGCUGCUGGGCUGCGAUGACUAGAAAUUUAUCAUUCAUCUAACAGUGCUCCAUCCUCCUCCGGUCGCUCCAACACCUGAAACCGCAGCCAAGGAACUGAUUUCCAACAGAAUAAUCUGCUCUGUACUAUAGGGGUCGACCGAUAUUGGUUUUUCAGGGCUGAUAGGAUUCCGAUUAUUAGUACUUAAUGAGACAAAUAACAUG